AUGCAAGAGGAUAUGAUUUUAGAAAAAAGUUCAUAAGACUCUCUUAAACUUACAUAAAGAUCCUCUAUAUUAGAUAGAAAAUAUAGUGGUCGUUAUAUGUUCUAAUAAUCACAAUAGGAUGAAUAACAAACCUAAAUUCAAAGCAAUAGAAAUAGAAUCAAACAAUAACUAAAAUGUAAAUCCUUUUUCAUUUUAGGUUAAUUGAAUGCCAUAAUCAAUAAACAAGUAUAGCCCUUAUAUAUGCGUGAAGAGCAGUUGAUUGAAUUAGGUAGGAAAUUAGACUUAGAAAUAACCUCUAUUGAUGUUGAUAAUAUUAUACCUAAUACAAAGGAGUUUUUUGAAGAUUAUGAAAUUCAUGAAAGAUUGGGAGAAGGAUGUUUAGGCUUAGUAAAACGAAUAGUCUAAAAAAAUACAGGCUUAGAAUUCGCUGUUAAAAUUGUAGCCACUUAAGAUGAAGAAAUUAUACGUAAUGUAAAAGACAAUGAUAAUACAUUUUCAGAUGAUUAUUGAAUUUAAGAGAUUAGUUGAAUUAUCACAUGAUAAUAUUGUCAAAGCUUACAAAAUGUAUUUAGAUUUUGAUACAGGAUUUUAAUCAGAAAGCUAAGCAUUUGUUGUUAUGGAAUUGAUUAAAGGCAAAGAAAUGUUUGAAGUCAUUAAUGAUUCUGGACAUUAUAGUGAAGUUGAUGCAAAAGAAUUAUUCAAAUAAUUACUUAGUGCAAUCGAAUAUAUGCAUCGUCAUGGCAUUUGUCAUAGAGAUCUUAAGCCAAAUAAUAUUUUAUGUCUAUAAGGUAAAUUAUUUAUAAUCAAUACAUUAAUAGAUAGAAAGUAAAUUAAAGUAACAGAUUUUAAUGUUAGUAAAUUUAGUGAUUCAUAUAAAUUAUUUGGAGAUCUAAAAGACACUGAAAAAAUAGAAAUGUGGACAUAUACUGGCACUGUGGCUUUUUCUGCACCUGAAAUAUUUACAGGAGAAGGUUACAAGUAAUAAGUACUUUAAUGAUAUAUUAAAAGUUAAAUGGUUGAUAUGUGGAGUGCAGGUUGUAUACUUUAUUCAAUGCUUUCUGGAUAAUUACCCUUUAAUGCAGACUAGUAAUUAAAUUUUUACCUUAUUCUAGUUUGAAUGAUCUUGUGGAAAAUAUUAAAUUAGCUAAAUAUGAUUUCCCUGAAGAAAUCUUUUCAGAAGUCUCUGUUGAAGCCAAAAAUUUAAUUUAAUAAUUAUUAAAAAAAGAUCCUUAAGAGAGACCACAUCCAGAUAAUGCUCUAGUGCAUUCUUGGUUUAGAGGCAAUGUAGUCAGGAAAACUUUAAAACAUCUGACUAUUAAUAAAAAUAUUUGUCAUCUUUCAUCCAAAAAUUCAAAUAAAUAAAGAUAGAGAACAUUUCUAUUGAAAAAAGAUUGGUACACAGGAUCAAGUGAUGGUGAAGAUGAAAUUUAUUACUAUGAUAUUAAAAUUAAAUCCACCAUUAGAAAGAGUUUAUUUUACUCUAUUAAACCUAUUAGAGAAUAGUAAUAUCAUAUGUACUAACUCAAAGGUACUAAUGGAUUGAUUCAUAAGUCUAAUACUAUUGAAAUAGAAGAUUAUAAAUAUAAUGAUUAAUAGUGA